AGUGUUAGGACUUUGAUUGUUCUUUUGUUUUUGUCGUUAAUUUCUCCUUACUAUACUUCCUAACAUGUAUGCUAUGCAGGUCGCUUGAAAACCAUUCCGGUGUAGUUGGACAUUGCUGGGAGGAACAACAGGUUUUUGAACAUUCCAUCGGGGUAUCGGGAUUGGGAGUUUCUUCUAGACGAGAGACACAUCAAGCAGACGUCUAUUUGGGCUGCAGUACCUACUCCCCCGCAAGGUACCUAUAUCCCCGAAUCUUCUGCUGCAUCUAGUGUCGUAUUAGGUCUUAGAGCUUUAGAGAUAUUGGGGGAAGAAUCCUAUACUAUCUUUUUGGAUAAACUGACCCCAGAGCAACGAGUGUACGCAGACACUUGGAUGGCAGAGCUAAAGUUUCGUUAUGACCCGUCAGAGAUGAACCGUGACGCUUAUCUGGAGAUGAAACAGAAGAAGAAAAAGAAGAAGCAGGGUGAGAAGUCGGGUAAUCCAAGUAGUCAGACUGUUGAAACUGAUCGUCCCCUAGAAACUCCUUCAGGUCGUUCCAGGGGCAAGAGGGUUGCUGAAGACGACUCAACUUUCUUGAUCGACGGUUCGGUAACCGUGUCUCUACCUUCCGGCGCCUCAGCCCUGACGGGGUAUCACGAGUUGUCCGGGCAGCUGGAGAAGCUUCUGCUUGAGGAAGACAGGGCUGUUAUGGUGGAUUACGGAACUCCCAAGGCUUUUGACAUGGCUGCCUCUACAGUCUUUGCGGGCUACCAGCAUGUUGUUUAUCUAAAACAACUCAUGGUUGAGCGCGAGACAGAGUUGGAGUCUCUUCGUGCCGAGAGGGUUGCGCUGAGGAAGGAUCUCCAACUUGCCAAGAAGGAUGUUGAGGCUGGACAUAAGCAGGUAGCAGAUUUGAGGGAGCAUCUUCAGGCUCAGCUGGCCAUGAAGGAUAAGGAGAUCAGCCGUCUGAAGGCUGAGUUAGCUGAGAUGGAAGCGUCUCGGUGCAAUGAGCUUAAAGUAGCUUGUUAUGAGACGGACGCCCGGGCUCGGGCUGAGAUGACUCAGCAGUACUUGGAUGGGACCUGUCAAGGUUGGGACACUGCUGCGACUCUAAAGUUGUGGGAGGAUAUCCAAGGCCAAGCUACUCAGCCUUCGGACGACGAUGGUGCUGCCGACGAUGAGUGAUAUUAUCCUGUUCUUUUAGUUUUUGGCAGGGCGUGUGUGCCCUUAGUAUUUUCUGCUUUAUUAGGCCUUCGUGCCUUCAAACUUUUUUUUUUCUCCGUCUUUGGGCUAGAUGUAGACUUUUAUGGUACUUAUUAUUGAUCUGGCGGGUCCGGAUCGCCGGGGGGUUCGCCCCCUGGAUCGGCUAUAUAUGACUUUGAUGUUCAAGUGCUUGUAUUAUUUUCCA